UGCUUCUAAACGAAAACAUUUUCACCAUGUGGGAAGUGUUGAUUCCGAAUCGAAUUCGUUCAUAAUUCACUAACUAAUUUAAAAUAGUGCUAUAUUCAGUUGCAUAGUAAUUAAACUCUUGGCGUUAUAACGGCUCCCUCCCGGACUGCUCGGUAGGUGGUGUUUUGCGCGCUGAACAUGGAGGAAGUGAUAAAGUUACCCGACACAAAUGAGAAACCCUCAACCAAAAAGAGGACCCUGGUACUCAAAUAUGAUCCCGAAAAAGAAGAAAUAAAGCGGCGGAAAAAUGUGAAGACGCUGAAGGUUUUGGGACAGAAGGACCCGUCGGUCAAACAGUUAGAAGAUCUCGUCUUCGGGGCAGAGGACGAGCUGGUGGAGCGACUCGUGGAGGAUGGACAAAGUGGAACCCAGUUGGACGACGAUACCGACCAUCAUGACUCUGGAGAAUCAGAAGGGGAGAGUGAGGCCCACCUUCAGGUCCCAUCAUCCAGUAAACCUGCCUGGGAGGAUGAGGAUGAUGAGAUUGAGGAAGAGGUGGACAUGACCCAUCGUUACCGCAGAAAUCUGAUGAAAGGAGAUAAGGAGAUGACAAUGACUAAACAGAAGUUACAAAAGAGGAUGAAGGAGCAGUUUCAGAAGUCCAUGGGAGGCACUCCAUCCUGGGCUGAAACCAAAGUCAAGAAGAAGAAGAACAAGAGGAAAGUGGAAAAGGAUGAUAAUGAUGAGGAGGAUGAAGAUGAUGAAGAUGAUGACCUUCUGAGGAAGACGGGGAAUUUUGUGUCCUCGUCUGCCAGCCUGCCUGCAGGGAUCCUGGAGAUGAAAAAGUGCAGCCAUGCCAACUGCGAUCGUACGUCAACUAAAAGGCUGACGACAGUCCAGUUCCACCCUUCGGCACAGGUCAUCAUGACAGCAGGCCACGACAGGUCAAUCUCCCUCUUCCAGGUAGAUGGGAAGACCAACCCAAAGAUCCAGAGCAUCAAUCUUGAGCGCUUCCCGGUCCACAAAGCCCAGUUCACAGCUGACGGGGAGAAGGUGGUGGCCACCAGCAUGAAGAACAAGAUGUUCUACCUGUAUGAUAUGAUGGAGGGACGUGUGGUGCCUGUGCACUCGGUCCGAGGCCUGAAUGAGCCCCGGGUGAAGGACUUCUACGUCGCCCCACAAGGAGAAACUUUGCUGCUCACCGGAAACAACGGAUAUCUGCAUGUCAUGACGCUCAAAACUAGGGAGGUGGUGCGCAGUAUGAAAAUCAACGGUAAAGUUGCAGGAGUGGCCUUUUCUCAUGACGGCAGCAAGAUCUUCACUAACUCUGAGGAAGGAGAGGUGUAUGUGUGGGACAUGCGGAGCAGCCGAUGUGUGAACCGUUUUGCAGAUGACGGUUGUGUGAGAGGAAUUUCCAUCGCUGCUUCAAGAAACGGACAGUAUUUGGCCUGCGGCUCUGAGUCAGGGGUAGUCAACAUGUACUCCCAGGAUGCAUGUCUUAAUUCAGAUAAUCCCAAGCCUCUUAAAGCGUUGAUGAACCUCCUGACCUCGGCGACCUCCCUGUCUUUUAACCCCUCCUCUGAGAUCCUGGCCAUUGCGUCCAGGGUGACAGACGACGCUCUGCGAUUGGUCCACCUGCCCAGCCUGACAGUGUUCUCCAACUUCCCAAUAUUCAAAAGGAAAAUAAUUUUCCGGACUACCUGCUUCGACUUCUCCCCUAACAGUGGCUUCUUCUCAUUGGCCAACAACAAUGGUGGAGCCCCCCUGUUCAGGCUGCUGCACUACAAGGACUUCUGAAGAGGAACGUUGGCUGCACCCACACCACAACAGGAAGUCUGGUUUUCUAAGUCUUUGUGGUACACGUUCACAUUUUCUUUCACAGUUCACAACUGAGCAGUUUUUAUUUUCACAUCCUUUACACAGCCAUAACAAUGUGACUGUUCCUGCGUAGCUGGAUGGGUAGAACAUAACGGCACCACUGCCUGGGUUUUAAAGGGGUUACUUAUGCUAGAACAAUAUGUCCUCAUGGCAUUUAUAAGAUGCUCGAGUAAAAAGAAAAUUCACCUAAGUGUUGAAACCUUUGAAAGUCCUGAUCUUGGCCACAAAGAAUUAGAAAACAGAUGGUGGGUGAUAGUGCAACCUAAUGGAGCUCACCAAAUGGACUGGGCAAAAAAAAACAAAAAAACCACCACCGCUUUUCACAAGGAGAUUCUUCGGGAGACAUAAAUAACGCAUGGUGGUUUGGACAACAGAUGGCUGACCUCAUGGAUGAGGAGGAAAGUUUCAGAAGACGACACCUGUACCCACCAGUUUCUUUUCCAUUUUUAUCAAGUGCUUGUAUAUACGUAUGUACUACAUGUACCUCUACAAUGACGCUUGAAUAAUGAUUUGUACUUAAAAAUCAACUGAGAGA